AUGCCGGAUGAGAAGUCCAGCAAAAGUGCUAAGAAGGAUCCUGAGUCAUCGAAGAACAUGAAGGAUGAUCAGGAUGAACAUGGUGAGCAAGGAGCUCAGAGUUUUGGGCAUUUGACUUUGCCGACGAAAGUGGAGUUUUUCCGCCCUGAAGAAGGAAGAUGGAGUCGCUGGUUAAUGCGCUUGGAAGACACGUUUGAUUGUUUUGGAGUUACUGAUGAAGCGCAAAUGAAGAAAUUGCUGUUGCAUUACAUGGGAUUGAAGGCGUAUGAUAAAUUGUGUGAUCGUAUUGCUCCAAAAUUACCACGAGAAAUGUCGUACAAGGAAAUUGUAGCUGAAGUGACGGAAAUUUUCGAUCCAACGCCUUUGGAGAUAGUAGAAGUGAACACGUUUCAUGAGCGAAAACAAGGAGAAAAUGAAACUUGUGCGGAUUUUUUGGCAGCUCUUCGGAAGUUGUCCACAAAUUGUAAUUUUGGUUGCAAGGAAUGCGACAACUUGACAAAAACUCUCCGGAAUCAAUUUGUGGCAGGGCUUUGGAACAAGGCAAUUAAGAAGAGGCUGCUGGAGAAACGUAACUUGACGCUAGAACUAGCUUUUGAUAUCGCCAGAGCUAUGGAAACUUCAGAAAAAGGAGAGGAAAAACUUCAGGAGAGCCGCAAGCAGAGCAUCAAUAAACUGGCAGAAGAUGAAAAAUUUCCACCCACAAAUGAUGAUGCAGAAUCUGUCAAGAGGAUUGUGAAGAAGUGCUUCAAGUGUGGAUCAGCUACUCAUCUAGCCAAUAGAUGUCAACCCAGGGAAAAAGUUGAAGAGGGAUCGGCCACUGAGAGAUAUGUCGAUGAUUUGAAAGAAGAAUUUAAGAAAGUUUUUGAUGAUUCACUCGGCAAAAUUAAUGGAAUUCAAGGGGAAUUGAAGUUAAAGCAUGAUGCUAAACCCGUUUUCUUGAAAGCCAGAACCGUACCUAUUGCUAAAAAAGAGGCAGUAGAAAGAGAAAUUGAGUCGUUGGUAAAUGAGGGUGUGCUGAUUAAAGUGAAUCAAAGUAGAUGGGCAACUCCAAUUGUUGCAAUUCCAAAAGCGUCCGGGAAAGUACGGGUUUGUGGAGAUUACAGUUGUACUGUAAAUCCCAAUUUGAUUGUGGAUAGAUAUCCUUUACCCACAAUCGAGGAGCUUCUGGCGGACAUGGCAGGGGGGCAGAAAUUUACGAAGAUCGAUCUUUCGCAAGCGUAUUUGCAGAUGGAAAUAAAGGAAGAAGAUAGAGAACUUCUAACAUUGAGUACUCAUAAGGGAUUGUACAUGCCUACGCGGUUGAUGUACGGGGUUGCUUCUGCGGUUGCAAUUUGGCAACGUACAAUGGAGUCACUUUUGCAAGACAUUCCUGGGGUAAAAGUUUUCCUAGAUGACAUCAGAAUCACGGGAGCUAACGAUGAGGAGCACCAUUUCAGAUUGAGGGAAGUACUUAAAAGAUAA